AACGUAGACUAGUUUUCAAACGCCAAUGUAAUAUUGCACCUCAUUCACAGGGUCGAGUUACAGAUCAUUUAACGUAAAUGGUAGGUUGGUAUGAAAUCAGUAGGUAAUUAAGUAGACGGCACAACAAUUAAAUAACAGAACUGCAGAACAAUGGAUCUCCCAUACCCAAGCCAUGGAUUGUACAGAACAGACAGUGGUUCAUUUGAUCCUGUUACUAAAAGAUACAUACUGCCACUUGGAGUAAAUUCAACAGGGAGGCGAAUGCUUUUUACAGGGCCAGAUGGGAUAAGAAAUCAGUGGGUGUCUGUAGCUGCUGACCAUAAUCGAUAUGUUGGAAUCGGGACAAUGUCACCAGAAGGCACUAGUGACCUUGACUAUUUGUACAGACCAUCACCUAGAGAUUCUCCAGCAUUAAGACCUAAGCAUAGAAGAGUGGGGGAGAUUGGUUGGGGAAUUCCUGGAUAUGCUGAUAGAUCGGUACUUCAUACUGGUCAGCAGUUGAAGAGAGGUGAAUUCAGACAAAGUGCUGAAGAUCGGCACACUCAUCUUUAUCAAAAUCCUUGGACUCCGCAUCCUGAUCUAAUGAGAGAUCGUCCAGGUACAGCACCGACAAGGUAUCGUGGAAAUUACGCGGAUAAUUCUCCUUACAACGCGAGGCCUUAUUCCACAAUGGAACCACAUCGACCACCAUACAAGGAUGCUCCAGAACAAUCAUAUGAAAGUAGCUCACACUCCAGUUUAGGCAAAUAUUCACAUUGAAUCCUUAUUACAAUAGAUUUUGUUUUGUGAAAACAUUUUAACAACUUGCAUAAGCCUCACGAAACAAUUUCUUCACCUACUGCAGUAUUAAGCUUUCUAGUUGACAACCAAAUUUUGAAUGAUCUUUAUUUGAAUUUGUAGUGCAAUUUGUCUUGCGUUGAUUUCAUUUAACAACUGAGCAUAUUCUUUUAUUUCUAUGUUGGAUUCAAUUCCACUGCCUGUCAAUAUGUUUUGACAGUAAUUUUUGCACUUGCAUAUCGACUGCCUGUAUUGUAGCAUAGAAAAAUUUCUUGCACACUCGUUAAACAUUCACAU